AUGUCUGAUAUCGGAAAAGACGUCGCAAUGUCGGAUUCACCACAAUCACGUUCGCCAACUUUCAAGGCAGAAUCCCCCCACUCGGAUCAUGACAAGAUACAUGUCUACAAAUCCCAGCCCCGGUCGCGCGACUCCAGCAUCUCGGUGCAGAACCAGGAGAAGAACUGCAAUGACCUUGAAACCCCAGUCCCGCUGUCUCGUCAGUCAACAGGACUUGGCCUGGCUGUGAAAGUACCUCGAUUGAAGCGCAGAGGGCUUUUUGGUCAGUUUACUCUGGUGGCUGAAGUCGAAAAUCCCAAGACCUACCCCAGAAAUAUGAAAUGGUUCAUCACAUUCAUUGUCGCAUUGGCUAGCAUGGUUGCACCCAUGGGAAGUGCCAUCUUUUUCCCCUCGCUCUCUCAAGUGGCCAAGGACAUGAACUCGACUUCUACCAUUACCAACUUGUCAAUCUCCUUGUACAUGCUGAGUAUGUCCAUUUUCCCUUUGUGGUGGUCAUCCUUCAGUGAACGACUUGGACGACGCACCAUUUACCUGACAUCAUUUGUCAUCUAUGUCGUCUUCAAUUCCCUCUGUGCAAUAUCCAGCUCAAUUGGCAUGCUGAUCGUAAUGCGAAUGCUGAGUGGAGGUGCUUCCGCUUCAGUGCAAGCAGUGGGCGCUGGAACAAUUGCUGAUCUAUGGGAUUCUAGUGAAAGAGGACGUGCCAUGGGAAUUUUCUACCUUGGCCCGUUGUGUGGACCCUUGCUAGCACCCAUCAUUGGUGGUCUUCUGGCUCAACGCUGGGGUUGGCGGAGCACCAUGUGGUUCUGUGCGGCUUUCGGUGCCCUCGUUGUUAUUUUCAUCUUCUUUGCCUUGCCAGAGACGCUGGUUAUUCAAAAGCCCCUACUUCCCAAAAACGAAGGCGAAGAUGAGGAUGGAACCCGUCCGGUCAGUCGAGCAUCAUCCCGAAAGGUUGUCCACUUCACGACUCGAUGGCUCAAGUUUUUGAAGAUCUCCUUCCUUGAUCCCUUGAAGAUUAUUCUUUACUUGCAGUAUGUUCCUGUGCUUUUGAGUGUAUACUAUGCCAGUGUCGCUUUUGGUUCGCUUUAUGUGUUGAAUGUCAGUGUGGAAGAAACCUUUGGCAAUGAACCAUAUAAUUUCUCAACAAUCGUUGUUGGACUGCUUUAUAUUCCAAACUCACUUGGUUAUCUUGUCGCAAGUAUCUUCGGCGGAAAAUGGAUGGACAGCAUUAUGCACCGAGAGGCCAGAAAGGCCAACCGAUAUGACGAAAAGGGUAGGCUGGUCUUUCGUCCUGAAGACAGAAUGCGUGAGAACGCUUGGCUUGGAGCAUUCCUUUACCCAGCCGGUCUCUUGUGGUACGGCUGGACGGCAGACAAAGGGGUGUAUUGGCUGGUUCCGAUGAUUGCAAACUUCUUUUUCGGCAUCGGCUCCAUGCUUAUAUUCAGCAUGGUGACUACAAUGCUGACUGAGUUCAUGCCCAAAAAGUCUUCCGAGGGCGUGGCGCUGAAUAACUUCAUGAGAAACAUCUUUUCCUGCGUUGGAUCACUCGUCACAGCCCCUAUAAUCAACGCCAUCGGCAACGGCUGGCUUUUUACCAUUCUGGGUAUUCUCGGCUUCGCAAGCAGCUCGGUCAUCUUUGCUAUGCGAGUAUUUGGCCCUCGGUGGCGACAAAAGAUGGAUGCCAACAUGCGAUGA